GAUUUGACACUCUCCACCUAAGCUGACGACCCCUGCAAAGUUGGAGUUUCAAUUGACGUUUAUCAAAAGCGCCCGUGUUUCCACAAGCUGACACUAACGAAAAGGAAUCGUAAAUAUUGGUUAAUUAUAACCAUUUCAAGCUCAUUAGCUCAAAAACGGAGUAGGAAAAAGGACCUUGACGGCGGGGCACUAGUGGAUGCUGUUCAAUUCACCGUGUGGUGUCGAGGAGAGUGUGUACUGCGAGAGUGAUGCUGCGCUGCACGAUGACGGACGCUCAAAGAAGUUGAUCGAAGCAUCAGCAGCAAGAGCGCGUUGAGGAUAUUCUCACGUCCCGCCCCGUCUUCUCGUGUCGAUGCUGAGACGUCGCUGUAAGUGUGCUGAGAUCUACGAAGGAUUUGGAAACGCAUAUAAAAACUGCUGCGGAAUAUUGGGACAUCAUCACCACCGACCGUGCAAGAAUUGUGCUUAAAAAGUGGCUGAGAUGCCACAAACGAUCGAAGAACUGGAAGAGGAUGGAAGCAAAAAUAUGGUAUCGAACUUGCCGCUGUUAUUUGCGGACGGCUACCCAACGUCACUGGAUAAGAUCACUGAGACGCAGCUGGAAAAGUUCAUACCCUUCAUGGUGCAUUGUUCGUUGGGAUACGUCUCUAUCCCACCGAUGACGGACUUUAACAAGCCACCUUGGUGGCCAAAAGAUUUAGAGUUCACAAAACCAUUCAGUAGGCCAAAAUCGUUCACCGGGGAUUGGUUGCUAAAGAUGCGAGAGCUGGUGGUAGCAUGUUACGAUUCCCACGAUAACAUUUAUUUACUACGGUACUGUGCUGAUCUGGCAAAGUUCCAGCCGACGGCGUUGCGGUUCAUUAACAACUACAACUCUACGACGUCUCUGUUUGAGCGUUCUUCGAACAAGUUGUUGGUUACGUUUCGCAAUGAAAAUAUGUUGUACGACCAGGAACGAAAGAUUAAAAGUCGCAAGUGCCUUCUACCGAAGCCAUCGAACUCCCAAACUUGCUUAGUUUCGCAGGAGGAAAUGGUCAUGUCAGAAUGCUUCGAUAUUUAUCUCUGCGACAACUGUGAUGCCGAACUAUACUCCGAAGGUGCAAUGGCGGAGCACGAGCGUGUCUGCCAUGCGGAACAAUGCAAUGCGGAGUUUGCAGAGAUUAGUGACGACGAUGACGACGUUAUCUUCUGUGGCGCAGUGCUGGAGGAUGAGGCCAAUGAGCAAAAAAUGGUCUCGUUUCUGUCGCAGAACUUUAUGCUGCGAUGUACCAACACGACGGGAUCGUCGAUCACCAACGCACAUCAGUCAGUGGCCAAGCCUGGUAGCAAUAGUACCGAGAUCGAAUGUGGAACAGCAGAGGGUAGCUCCGAAGGAAAGCAUCACCGUAUGCCUAGGCGCUCUCGUCAGGUUGUUACACUGGCCAAAUGUACACAAAUUCCGCUCUCCUCACCGCUGGGUUUGUUUAUGUUGAAAACUUCCAAAAUCAUUACCACACCUGAAUAUUUACUCGAGCGGUUCGAUCGUAUGGAACGGUUUUGCAUUGCACCGGCCCUCCCGGCUGGCGUAACCUAUCCGUUGCGGCCAGGUCUGAAAAGCGGUGGUUUGCAGGAAGCUUUAUCUGCCCAAGAUCGACGGUUACCCAAAUGGAUGUGCGGUAAGAUGAAAACAGGCAACGGACCGAACGGAUGUCCUGUUACGUUCAAACGACUCGCAGACGAAUCUUUCGAACCGUCGCAACAUCAAUACAAAUUCCCUCGGCGCCAGUUUUCCAACAAGCAUCGAGUAGCAAACUUUCUGUUCUACAACAAGCUACUGCUGCAACGUUGCCAACCGUUUACGGUGUGCAUGAAAAGACUGACACCUGCUGAAGUGCAGGAACUUUCCCUUCUGCCCGGAAUCGAACGAGAGCAGAGGGAAGCGGAGGAAGCUGCCAUGUUGGAAUGGCAACGGCGGAAAGAGAUUGCUGAAAUUGCAGAAAGUGCAAUGGUUAUAGACAGCAUUGAUCUUUGCUCUUCCGAUGAAGAAAUCGAAACAUUUCUGGUCGAAGGUGACGAAGAACAAAAUACGCCACCGCAGGAAAGCAGUAAACGUUCCUUGAGCAGCGCUUACAUCGCGCAUGACGAUAUCGAAACGAUCGUGUUGCAUAUGGACGACAGUAUGGGCAGUGAUACGAAUGAAUUCACGAAUACUAGUUUUUAUGGCAAUUCUUCUCCACAGCAAAAGCAUAAUUCUAGCAAUGUACAUUCAGAAAUGGACAUACCGAAGUUUGCAAAAAAGUCAUUUAUCGGCACUAUGCUCAGUGAAAGUACGUACCGCUUAAAUCAAUCACUUCCGGCGGGACAUAACAAGGGAAAACUCAUAGAAGGUGCACGUCAACGACUUACCGCACAGUUGUACCUGUACCCGAACUGUAGCCAGGCGGCUGUUAGUAUGGUGGAUGAUGCGCAGUUUCCCAACGAGAAUCGUUUGGUUGCCCGUAAGGGUACCAGUUUACCGCUGAAGGAAAAUUUGGUAAACGGCUUCGGUAGUGCCGGUGGUGGUGGUUGUGCCAAUAGCGCUAAUGGCGAUAGUUUGCUAGUAGGCACUGGUGGUCAAUAUGUUGCUACUCCCGUACCGGUAGCGAUCCAACCACGCACUGUACUGGGUACGGGGCCUACCACCAAAGGGCAUGAAAUAAUCGGUUCCAUUCCAGUUUCGUUCGGCGGCAGUGGCAACAGUCUACACUCGCGAACAAGCGCUUCCGUUGUACAGACGCUCACGGCCGCCAGUUACGUUACUCAAGCGGUACACACUCACGCAUCGAUAAAUCACAACAACAGUCCGAGUACGGCAGCUCUAUCGGGCACAACCGUAGCCAAUCUCCAGCAAAAUUAAUUACCAUAAAGAUAGUAAAUAUAGGAACUGUUCGUAAAUAUCUAUUUAGCAAUACGUUUCCUACAAUCUGAUCAACUUAUGCGUUUCUCAUCCAGAAAAUUUCGACCGUUU